AUGGAAAUAGCUCCAAAGUCUUCUUCCACUACAGCGCAGGUCACACCUACGAAAGGUCUACAAGAUGCAGUCAGCGAGUUCAGGAAGAUCUUGAACAAUGACCAACGUUCAGACCUCGACAACCUCAAAGGUAUCCCUGAUGCUGACGCCGCGCUCGUCUUAACAGCCCAGUUAGACUGGUCCACCACUCAGCGCAACUCUCCCAGCAAGGGCACCCGACUUAUAUCAGUCCUGCAAUAUGUCCGCGACUCUUCCGUUAUCAUAGACACUUUUGUCUCCUCGCACCCGGAGAUUGCUGCGCUAGUCUGGGGGAGCGUGAAGCUGACGAUGCAGGUGGUGCUAAACUUCGCUUCGUACUAUGAACGAGUCUCAGACCUCUUUAUGCAAUUUUCUAAAGACUGCCCCCGAUUUGCCGAGUACCAAGCCUUGUUUCCGAACUCGCCUGGGUUGCAGAAGGCUGUCUGCGAUUUCAACGCAUCAAUCAUCUAUUGCUGCAAGCAUGUGGUCGAAGCGUUACAACGACCUUGGCAAACACAUCUGCGAAACGCGUUCUUGCAGUCGUUUCAGCAGGAGCUUAACCCUGACCUGGAAAUGAUUCGAAAGCGUGGUCUUGAGGCAAAGCAAGAAAUCAAACUUGCAAAAGCGAGGGCCGACCACCAGGACCAAAGACUCCAGGAAAUGGAGAGGAAAGCAGCAUCCAAAGAGAGGCAUAAGGUCAGGCAGUUGUUCUCGCGAGUAGGAAGCGACCUCGACACAAUUAAGAAUGACCAGAUUCAGCAAGACAUCCGUCGGGCGGAGCAAAGCCGUCGUCAGCUUCUCGACUCACUCUCGUCUUACGACUACCUCUCACACUUCAAGAAAGCCUGCAAACUGAGGCACCCUAAAACUGCAGAAUGGCUUUUCCGAUCAACUUCUUUUACUCAAUGGGAGGAAGGACUUUCUUCACCAUGGCUGUGGUGUUCAGGCAAAAUUGGAUCUGGCAAGACAGUCCUCACUGCAAGUGCCGUCGAACAUAUUUAUGCGCACGAGCGUAGGGCCAGAGAAAAUGUCACAUUCUUCUUCCCUCAUUUUGCAGAUCAGACACCGCUAUCUGCAGAGACUACACUUCGGUCGAUUAUCCGACAGUCACUCGACCCAGUGAGACUGUCUAGCGAUUGGGAAGCACGCCUAAUAGAGCUGGAUCGGAAACCCUCCUCAGAGCUGGGCGGAUUAACAUCACUUCUUCGACAAGCAAUCGACCAGUCUAAUACAUUCUAUAUCUUUAUCGACGCACUAGAUGAGUUUGAGCCGGCAGAACGACGAACGCUCCUUGACUCUCUGAUCUCAGUUGCCUCCGAAUCGCGCCUAAGAGUCUUCGUUUCGAGCCGUGAAAGCUUGUCAGGCGAACUUAGAUACCGGAUACCAACCAUUGAGACAGUUUUGAUGGCAUCUCCGGAGGCCAAGAUCGACAUUGCUACUUUUGUUCAAGAGACACUCCAAAGAAGACAACAAAACGGAGAUCUUAUUGUUCAAGACCAAUCUAUUGUUGAUGAUAUCAGGCAGGCUCUUAUUAAUCGUGCGGACGGAAUAGCCCUUCAGCGCAUCAUUAAGCAGGGCAAAUCUGCAGUCGCCAAAAAAGCCUUCCAAUGGAUUGCUAUAGCGAAACGCCCUUUGACACUAGAUGAGCUCCGUGAAGCCAUCUCUACAAAAGUCGGCCAACCAUCCUUCAAUCCCGGACAACUAGUCAAUGGUAUGGACCGUCUACCUAUGUGGUGCGAAAAUCUCGUCCGAGUUGACGAAGAAUCGAGAACUGCAGAGUUUGCCCAUAAGGCAGUUCACAAGUUCAUCGUCGAAGGAUCAUCAGGACCUGACUACGCAGAGUUUCAUUUCAAGCUGGAGGAUGCGGAUCAUCAUGCUGGUGAAAUCUGCGUCACCUACCUGAGCUUUAGCGACUUUGUGACAACUAUUACGCGACGGUCGCAACCAGUCAAAAUCGACCCAACUAGUAUGGCCCAUUCAGCAUUGAAGAACUCAUGGAACCUGCCCAAGUCGAUCAGUAGCGCCGUUAUUACAAUGCGCAAGGGUGUCCAAGCUGAGACUGACCCGGCUAGAAUACGGGCUACAUACAACAGGUCGGACGAUGCAGAAGCUAUAAACACGCUACAAGUCCAUCAUCCUUUUAUCAAGUACGCGUCAGUACACUGGAUUUCCCAUACCACUCGAUUCAGGCAUCGUACGUCCUCGACAUGGGAAAUGUGGCAAGAGAUUUUCACUCAAAAACAUGGUCUGGCAAAGAUACCUUGGUUGAACCAAGAUGAGUCGGGAGCUUUAGACACCAAUAUCUUGCCUUGGAGUCUCACAAACCGCCAUUUUGCUCUUGUCCGAUACCUUGGAGGCAAGAUCGGUGUUUCAGAGAUACGGGGGGCCUUAAAAAGCUGUGUGGCUGAUGGUGAUGUUGACUUUGACUUGGCGAGCGCUCUACUUGAGAGUAGUCAUGCAGUUAGGAUCGCCUCGUCAGAUCUACAGGCAGUUUCAGGUGGUGGCGACAUCGAAGUCGUGAAGCUAUGGCUUUCUGCUGCGAGAGCCAACGUCAACGCUGACCUUGCUAUAUUUGAACUGAAUCCCUUAGAAGCAGCAUCAAAAGGUGGUCACGCAAAUGUCGUGGAGUUAUUGCUUUCUGCGGGGGCUAAUGUUAACGCCCGCUAUUUUUCUAGUGAACGGACUGCUUUACAAGCAGCUUCAGAGGGCGGUCACAUCGAAGUUGUAGAGCGGUUACUUUCUGCGGGGGCUGACGUUAACGCGGACGCUUCUAAACGUGGAGAGACUGCUUUACACUUAGCUUCAGGGCGUGGUUAUAUUGAUAUUGUGGAGCGGUUACUUUCUGCGGGGGCCAGCGUCAAAACUUACAGCAUGUUUGCGCAGAGUGCUCUGCAAGCAGCUUCCAGGUCUGGUCACAUCGAGGUUGUGGAGCGACUGAGAGCUGCAGGAGCCCGCGAAUAA